AUGGGUUUGUACACGAGCGUGAUGGAAGUGUUAACGUUUUACACGGGGCUAUCUCCCGCUGCGUUUUUCACCAUUCUGGCUAUGAUGGUCGUCGUUUACAGAACCGUGACCGCCAUGUUUGUGUCCCCCGAAGACUACAACAAACCCCCCGUCGUUUCGGCCCGAGCCCAGUCCGGGUUCGAUGACCCCGAACCGCCUCGCCAACCGGUCCAGUUGGGUCAAGUAACGGACCGGGAGUUGCGUGCCUACGACGGUUCCGACCCCAAUAAACCCCUCUUGAUGGCAAUCAAAGGCCAGAUCUAUGACGUGUCCACUGGCAGGAAUUUUUAUGGUCCCGGCGGACCUUAUGCAAUGUUUGCAGGGAAGGAGUGUAGCAGAGCCCUUGCACUCCUGUCUUUUAAACCUGAAGACAUUAAUGGGAACCUCGAAGGUUUAGGCGAGUCAGAGCUUACAAUUUUAGAGGACUGGGAAUUUAAAUUCAUAGAAAAGUAUCCAAAGGUUGGCCAGCUCAUUCCAGAACAAAGAACACUGCAAAAUGAGCUCAAAGAACAAGUUCAAGACAAUUUAGAGAAUCCUAAUGAAUGCAAGGAUGAAACAAAAUAG